CAUCGUGUCAAUGUAAAAUUAAGAGGUCGUUGUGAUUUAAGUUGCUACCAUUUCUUCUGUGUGCAGCGAAGAGGCAGCUUCCUUUUUCUUUGUGAUUUGGCUUAUAUUUGAAGUCCUGAGAAUAUCUGAGAUGUAACAUCAGACCACUGGAAGCAAAUUGAUGGCAUGGGCAUUUAGACAAGCAUUUACCAGGAUGUCACGCAAACUUGUAACGAACGACCUAUUUCCAUUCACGGGUAGCAAUAGUCUGAGAGAGGCUAGGUAUAUUGAACAGCUACUCGAAGUGUUAUAAUCGUUAAAACUACAAUCGUCUGCGGGCUGUUUAUCGAAAACUUUAAAUGUAUUUUACGAUGGAGAAUUUGGUUAAGAAUUCUGAAGAGGAUAAACUCGUAUCAUCAAUGACCCUAAUUAAAUCCCCACACAAUAGAUUUAUGAUGGGCCGGAGAAUUUUGUGACGCGGGCGACAGGACUUUGUACAGUGUGGACUGACAGACGACAAGCCAUGGAUGCGCGAGAGAGGGAGAUCGUCAGAAGAAACCAUCGUCUGCUUGUCCAUAACAUCAUUCUGACCGAGGAGUUCUUUGAACAUUUGAGGAACUACCAUGUGCUUCCUGAAACCAUGAUCAGAGAUGUAAAGAAAGAAUCAACAAGAGAAAACAGAAAUUCCAAACUGUUAGAGCUGCUGAUGCUGAGGGGGUGUGACUCAUUCCGGAAAUUACGUCACAUUUUACAUUUGACGGGUCAUUGUAUUCUGGCGGAUUAUCUUUAUGGAGAGGAUACCGACAUAAAAGUUUUCAAACCAGAGGACAUAUUCGGAAAGUAUCCGUCCAUAUUCAGCAAAGUUCCGGACGACGUGAAGAUGAAAUUCAUCAAAACAAUGGAAUCGAAGGUCAAGGAAAGGUCUCUCUUGAACGUGUGGGAACGGAAUCCGGAGGAACGGACGGAACUUCUAGAGACUCGGCGGGCCAGCUUUGAGACGGAGAAAGUCCUCCGCAUUAAGCUCGACAACAAACGAAAGCAGGUUCGUCAAAUCAGCGAUGAAGUGAGAAAAUUGAACGAAGAACUACGAAAACGAAAUAUCGAAUUAGAGCUGAUAAAAAGGGAAGAAAACGAACGAAAGAAAGCAUACAAAUCCGAACUCUCCGUGCAAGCCAAAUUCAACGCCGCCAACAGCAAUUCUCUGCUCAAACUGAAGGACCGAUUCACAAGUUUCAAUGGGAAGAUCAGGGCUAUCAACAUUUUGUUGAAGAGUUUCUUAGGAGAGGGUAGUCAUGUCUCGUCCGAAGAGGCGGAUAAUGUGAAACUGUCUGUUCUGGAACACAACGUGAAAAUGGUGAUAGAAAAAGCGCGCGAAAACAGAGAUACGACGCAAGACAUUUUGGACGAAAAGCAAAACAUUUAUCGUCUGUUGAAUACAUUUCCAAAGAGAGAGGAGUCGUUGUCGGACACUGUCCGCAAAUACUUAGCGAAAGAAGACAGGGGCAAGAAGAGUCUGAUCAAGGAAUUAGACAGAUUAAAGGCAACUCUUGGGGGACCAUCUAAAUACGGGUCCCCAGAAUCCGUGACGGACUUGAAACUUUUAUCCAAUAUGGUGGCCACCGUUCGCGUGGAAAUCGAACAUCUACAAAAGAAACUGCACUGGAAAGAAAACCAAAUAUCCAAUCUGAUGGACGAAAAUACUUCCUUGAAGCAAAACUCGCCGAGCUCCCCCGAGACACCUGUUAUGCAGACGACGUUUUCUCAAUCCGAGUCGCCCUCAUCAACCCCGGAGUCCACCUAUGAAAUGCAACAAGCCUAUGAAAACUUCGAUGACUAUCUCGAGCCCGGGGUUAAGGAGUAUAAGUUGUGCCUUGCCAUUUCUAGGGAUGCAACAAAUGGCAAUACCAAGGACCAGAAAGAAACAUUGAGCAAUGGAAGUGACGUCAUUAUCCCUGAUGCUGAAGGUGACAGUUACCCGAAACCUGCUACAAAUGAUAAUUUUCACGGUGGACCAAGUUUUAUUAAUACUAAACACGCAAAAGAAAUGGAUUUAGAAGAAUUAAAGAACGGCCGAGGGACACCCCGCAGUGUGGCAAUUCGUCUGGAUGUGGCAGACGACAAACAUUCCAACAACUCGCUGAUCUUGCCAGAUAUUAUGGAGUCGGACCUGCCCAAACACCCCUUGCUGAAAUCCUCGACAGAUUUCACCAAAAUCUUGGAGCAAAGCGAAGACAACGACCAAUUAGAGAAAAUAACAUCACUUCUUGCCAAACGAACUCAAUUUGGAAAAUUGCCGUCCAUUUUUCAAACUGUUAAUUACCUCGCAGAGUGACUUUAAAAUACACCCCUGGGAAAUGUACACCGUUAAAUAUCUCUACACAGAAAGAACUAAACUAUUAUGAUAUUAAAAACACGUCCAUCUUCACCAAGUGACAGACCCACACUCUGGGCACUUACUUUAAUUUGAAAAUAAUGCUCGACGCAUGAAACAAAAAAUCGAUAAAGAAAAAUUGCAAAGUGUAAUGGAAAAAAAUCCUCCAACCCACACACGUACACACCGGUCAUUAGUCGUGCCUUAAUCAUUAACCAACACUUAUAUCUUCAAGCAUUGCUCACUGCACUCAGUUACCUCCACUUUUAACUUGACAAAAUGCUUGAAUGAUUUUCUGAAUUACAUGUACAAAGGAUGAUAAAUAUAUUAAAAAAAACGAAUAAAGUUGCUUUAUGAAUAUAAAUUUAUAAUUUUUGUUGCACUUAGAAGUUUGGAACAAGUUUGCACAAUUUUUGUUCCUGCAAAAUAAAAUUGUUAAAAUCGAAGAGUCUUAUAAUAAUUCAUUCCAUACAAAAUUCAAAAAGUACCAAUACAAAAAUGGUAAGUAUAGUAUUUUUCUGAGUAUGCCAUACACCUGGUAUAACACAACCCUGGUUAACAUUAGAACAUCUGUAUCAGAAACAAUUUCAACAAGCUUGCACAAUUUUUGUUCCAGCAAAAUAAAAUUGUUAAUAUCAGGGUCUGGUUAUUCAUCCAUACAAAAUUCAUAAAGCUCUAAAUAUGCUAUGUACCUCGUUCAAUACAAUCCUGGUUAACAUUAGAACUCUGUAAAACAAUUUCAAUGUUCUUUCCCAGUACCACACUUUGGUGAGGGCUUUGAGCAUACUUUAAUACGUAAAUUUAACUAUUAUAUUAACAAACGGUUUGUAUUUUGAUUAAUAAUGUUGAAUAUUUAUCUUCAAAAUAAACUAUAUUAUGUUCUAUCCCAUUUCAACAUUUCAGCAUACAAACAUAAUUGGAUUCUAUAUUCUAAAUGUUGGAUAAAAAGACCUUUACUCAUAUUAAUUAUAAUACAUAAUUUAACUGUAUCAGAAAUAAAUAAAACAAAAUGUAGCCACCCAAAAAAAUCAACUUUAUAUAGAUUUCCUACACACAUAUAAGUUAUAAUAUCCAAAUAAAAUAUCAAAUAUUGAUAUUAAAUAAACUCUAAAAAACAAAACCCAGAGAUAGCAAGAUAUAUUCAAUAUUUGAAAGAAGCUUAA